AUGGCGGCCUGGAACUCCAGCAGUGCUCCCUCCUCCACCUUCUAUCUCACUGGAAUCCCUGGCUAUGAAGAAUAUCACCACUGGAUUUCCAUCCCAUUCUGCUUCCUCUACCUGGUUGGGAUAACAGGAAAUUGCUCCAUCCUACAUAUUGUCCGGACAGACCCCAGGCUCCAUGAACCCAUGUACUACUUUCUUGCCAUGCUCUCUCUCACAGAUAUGGGUAUGUCUCUGACCCCAAUGAUAACACUUUUUAGGGUGUUGUGGUCCAUUUCCAGGGAGAUUCCUUUCAAUGUCUGUGUCGUCCAAAUGUUUGUAAUUCACACUUUCUCCUUCACGGAAUCAUCUGUGCUGUUGGCCAUGGCCCUUGACAGGUACGUGGCUAUCUGCCACCCCCUGCGGUAUGCUACCAUUCUCACCCCAAAACUGAUUGCCAAGAUUGGAAUUGCAGCUCUACUCAGGAGUGCUGUUCUAAUCAUUCCACUUCUAGCCCGUCUGGCCUUCUUUCCCUUCUGUCACUCCCAUGUCCUGUCUCAUUCCUACUGUCUGCACCAGGACAUGAUUCGCCUUGCCUGUGCUGACAUCAGAUUUAAUGUCAUAUAUGGCCUGGUUCUGAUUACUAUGCUUUGGGGUAUGGAUGCUCUGGGUAUUUUAGUAUCUUACAUUUUCAUCCUCCACUCAGUGUUAAGAAUUGCAUCCCAGGAAGGGAGGCUUAAGGCACUUAACACAUGCGCAUCCCACAUCUGCGCUGUGCUCAUUCUUUAUGUGCCCAUGAUCGGAUUAUCUAUUGUCCAUCGUUUUGCCAAACAUUCCUCUCCCCUCAUUCACAUCUUUAUGGCCCACAUCUACUUAUUGGUUCCCCCAGUGCUCAAUCCAAUCAUCUACAGUGUAAAGACCAAGCAGAUUCGUCAAGGAAUCCUCCACAUGAUUUCUGCCCAGAAAAUUGGUGCCACUGUGAUGUAG